AAGCUGCAACACGCCAACUUCCAACAAAGUGCAGAUUUCAGCAUAGGACAGCAUGUCAGAACAGAAGAACUUAGCAGAGAAAAAGGAAGAAGUUACUGCCGGAUCUUCGACUACCAACGCCCAACCGGACAAAAAGCCUUUACCCAAGCUCGGUGCUUUGGAAGAUGACGAUGAGUUUGAAGAUUUUCCUGCCACAGAUUAUGAUGGCAAUAUCCAAGACGCUUUGAAGAAAGCUGCUGCCGGUCCUAGCGAUAAUUUGUGGGAAGACAACUGGGACGAUGAUGAUGUGGAUGACGACUUUACAAAACAAUUGAGAACGGCCAUCCAAGAACGGGCAAAUGCGGCGGCCGACGAGACCAUGAAGGAGUAGACAUCAUUGUAUAGUACGGAUAUGUCACAUAUAGCA